AAGUUGAACUGCCUAGAGUCCUCUCACUUUUUGAACUCCACGACCUACUCGCUACCAUUUUACACCAUAUAGAAAGACGUUGAGUUAAUAAUUAGAACCUCCUUCACUGAACCUAUCCACGCAAUCUCAAUCUUCAACAAUUAUCCAGACCCCUCGAAAAAAUACCAACGACUCAGAGUGCGGGGAACUGCCAUUCCACAUCAACACGACUAAAUCGAAGCCCGCUCUAUUCUCAUUUUAAACAAGUCGAUGAACGGAUAUUGACCGAAUCUGAAUAUAAUGCCUCUCGACACCUCUACGACAUAUCCUCUCACGAAACUGCGCCUUGACGGCCGGCGAUGGAACGAGCUUCGGCUGAUUCAAGCACAAAUAUCUACGAACCCCGCUAGCUCUGGAUCCUCCUAUUUGGCGAUGGGGAAUACAACUAUUCUAUGUUCUGUACAUGGCCCUGCAGAAGGGCGCCGAGGCGAUGCGACCGGUGGUGCUGCGGGAUCCUCAGGCGCAGUGGUGGAGGUCGAUGUGAACAUCGCAGGGUUUGCAAGCGUUGACCGAAAAAGGCGGGCAGGCGGGAGUGACAGGCAAUCCGGCCGCAUUGCCUCAACCUUGCGUUCCGCUUUUCAAUCGCAUCUUCACACCUAUCUUUACCCCCACAGUACAAUCAGUGUUCACGUCUCUGUCUUAUCAGUGGAUGGAUCACUUCUCGCCGCAGCGGUCAACGCCUGUACGCUGGCCCUUGUCGAUGCUGGAAUACCAAUGCCUGGUCUGCUGUGCGGAUGUACAGCCGGUAUGAGUGGCAGUGCCUCUACGCCAAGAGAUCCAAUGGACGACACCUUGGAUCCGUUGUUGGACGGUUCUUUGCCGGAAGAGCAGGAGCUCCCAUUCCUCACUGUUGCAACGACGUCGGUGCCGGCUGUGAUGACGGAUGGGGAGGAGGAUGACAUGAAGGUAUCAAUGUUGACAAUGGACUCCAAAGUUCAUCAUACAUACAUCGAGACGAUGUUAGCUGUGGGGGUAGACGGGUGUAAGCAGAUUCGCGAGAUUCUUGAUGGGGUCAUCAAAGGAUCGAGCCAAAGGUGAUGUGGCUCCACAGCCUUUUCUUUUUCUUCUGCCAAGGCCUUGUAUGUACUCCGUACAAGGCGCAAGCAUGUUACUCCAGAGCCCAAAUAUCAAUGAUCAGCGUCAAGUGUCUCAUUUGGAAACAAAAAUAAAACCCCC